AAUGCGUGCUCAUCCAUGGCGCCGACGCCGGCGUGCGUCGCUAGAAUCUCCUCGGCGUGGCACUGGCGUAUUUCACUCUCUGGCCGGUCCGAUCUUUGGGAUCAGGCAGCUAGCCGCCAUUCUUGGUGCGUAUUUUCCAGUUUUCUCGCGGUUUUCUCGAUUGAGUCUCGCGCUAGCUGGCUUUGAUCGGUACGCGAGACGAAUCGAUCUUGCAGAUGGAUGGCGUCGGCCACCGCGGUUGUUCUUGGGGGAAGAAACCCUAGCUUGGCGACGACGGAAGAAUAUAAAGGUCCAUUCCUUGAUGCUAACUUAGUAACUAUUUUAUUCUCCAGGAUCACUUUGGUUUUUACCGAUGGUUUUCUAUCGAGCUAUAAAGGAGGUCGGCUCGGGGAGCCAUGGAAGCGCCGGCGAAUUGCGGCACCAGUGGCAUCGGAAAUGGGAGAGAUCCAUGCUACCGAGCUUGAACUUCUCGGCGAGGCGGCAGCGGUCGGUAACGAAGCAGUGACGACGAGCUUCAGCGAUUCCGGGCCAGUAGUGACAGAUGAUCCCGCAAGAACUUCUCUUCCCAGGUCUUCAUCAUCCAUCCAGCUUCCAGCGGUCGCAGCAGAAGACCAAGUCUUUGUCCCUAGCGAUCCAGGCUCCGGAUUUGAUCACCUCGGCGACAUUCAGCGGUCGCAUGCGAGGAUCGGGGGCGAGGCAGCGACGGAUGAUCCUUUUCCAAGCUUUGGUUCGCUGACAAGCUUCGCGGAUUUGUCAUCUUUCCAGCGCAGCUCGACCUUAGCGAUCGCAGCAAAAGUGGAAGCCUUUGAGCAGCCGGGAAGCACAGCUCAGGAUUUCUCUCCCGUGGGAGUGGUGGCGGCCACCUUGGUCCCAGCGGUCGCAGCGAAAGACCAAGCCUUCGGUGCUAGCAGUCCAGGCUCCGGCCUCCGCGGCAUUCAGUCCCAUGCGGCGAUCAGUGGCGAAGCAGCGACAGGAGAUUAUGGGCCUGUAGCGACUGAUGAUCCGACCAGCUUGAGCGCUAGCGAUUCCAACGUCCAGGUGUGGGAGGCAACGCAGGAUUUCUCUCUAGGCGAAAUAGCGGACGCCAUCGUACGCAACUAUUUCGAUGGCAAGCUUCCACGGGACUCCGCCAGACCAGCCGAGGCCAUCAUGCGCAACUAUUUCGAUGGUACGCCUUCAUGGGACUCCGACCGAGCCCAGGUUUCUCCUGUGAGAAUGACGUCGGCCAGCUUGGGCGAUUUAUAUGGCAGGCUGGAGUUCUACCAGACGGUACGUGUAGCUCAGGCGGUAGAAAUGGUCGCACACUCCUUUGGCGAUUUCCAUAAGUACAGGAGUUGGCAUCCAUGGGCUUUCGAGGAGGCGCACCAGUUCUCUCGACACGACGAUCCAACGAUAGUAGAAGUGGAGAACCAAUUUUCGUGGGCUGAAGGGGAGCUCCCCUAGA